AUGCCAUUCAACGGCCGCCUUCGUGUUGUCACGCCCUUGCAAGCCGAACGGAUACUAGCAGCGUAUCUCGGUUUUGACAAUGUUGUCGACCCCCAGCGGUUCGUGAUUAUGUGGCCAUGUAUUGAGGCUGCACAACUUUUGUCUGCUUUUCCCGGCCUAACUCACGAGAAUCUCGAGUUUCCGAUGAUCGAUGAAGCUAGUCAAGCAGCGGAACAAAACCCCCAAGUGGGUCGCCUCACUAAUCACAUCCAAAACCGCUGGGUCGUACGCGUGCUGAUGGUAAUGCGACACAAUAUUGGAGUUUACCAAACCAACACGCUUGAGCAGAACAGAGCUCGAGCUGCCGCAGUGAUCAAUAACACAUCAGCUACCCUCUGGAUCCCGGACCACAUCCUGGAGGAAGAUGAAUUCCCUCCUUCACCGCUGUCUCUGUCUCCUUGA